AUGAAGAUGAUGGGUUCCCUAUGUCGUGCUGGUUUAGUAAAAUUCAGCAUGACUCCACGAGUCAAUAAAACCAACACUGAUCAUUCCUACUCACAACAGGGAAGAUGUAAAUUCCGAAUUAAAUCAUCGACCAAUUUACAAUAUAAGAGUGGAGCCUAUCGAUUGCACAAGACAAGUGCCACUUCAUCAUCGGAAGAGGUCAUUACAAAUUCCUAUCACAAGUAUAAUAGUGAGAAGGGAUAUAGAAGAGUUGAAUAUAUUAAAACAGCAGAGGAACAUCACCAACAAAAGUGGAAACAUUAUAGACAUGAUCAUAAUAGAGAUACUAAUCAUAAGAAGUGGCACAGAAAUCAUCCAAAGGAUGGAUUUUAUCAAAAGAGAGAGGAAUUUGGAAUGGAUGAGUAG